UGUGUGUUACAAAUUAUAGUAUUAUAUAUGCUACAUCCCUUUUCCCAAGCUUAUGCAUAAAUUUCUACUCUCUCAUAUAAACCCUUCACAUACAUAUUUUGUAGCUCACACACACACAUCACAUAUUUUGGUGCUUCUAUCUCACACAUAUAUCACUCAUGGCAUAUGUUGAUUACCAUGAAAAUUCCAUUGCUACCCCCACCUCUACCAAUACCCUAAAGCUUUUUGGCAUCAACAUCCAAGAAGCUUGUUUGAACCAAUCUCCAACACAAUCAGAAUCAUCUGAGCCUUUGAAUGGGAGAAAAUUAUACGAGUGUCAAUAUUGUUGUAGAGAAUUUGCAAAUUCACAAGCCUUAGGAGGACACCAAAAUGCACACAAGAAAGAGAGGCAACUUUUGAAACGUGCUCAAAUGCAAGCAGCUCGUGCCUUUGUUCCUUCACAUUUCCAUAACAGAUUCAUCUCAUCACCGCAGUGGCUGCCACAACAAAAUCAUUUCCUCGCCAAUGCUCCACCGUCUCAGACACGUUCAUCAGCGUGGCUAUGCACCACCCAUGCAGCAGGUUCGGGAGUUUUUUUAGCUCCCACAGCUGCGUUUGAUGGUAGUGCUCCUCGCCAUAGUUCUAAAUUUGGUGGAUUCAACGGUGGUGAUUGUAGUGAACAAGGGUUUGGUUUAAAUUUGCAUCUUGGACUAUAACAAUUACCACUACAAUUAAUGUACUAGUAAUUUUUUUUUGUUUAAUGUACUAGUAAAUUUUAUUGUGCUAGCCUAGUGUUUAACUUUAAUUGCAAUUGCUUUAAAAAAUACUUCAA